AUGACCCAUAAACAAACGCAUACUCAAAUUAACAAUAAUAAUAAUAUUCUCGAUAGAGAGCAAGAUAACGAUAAUGUUUCCGAUGAUGAACCGAGUAACUGUUGGACACCGUCGGGUGAAAUUGAAAAACUCACUACUAUUUUUUACAAAGGAAAUCUAUUCGAGCCAUCCCACAUGAUGCCAAACCAUCAGAAGGACAAUGAUGGCGAAAAGAACACGUGUGAAUAUUUGGAAGAGGCCUUGUUACCGGCUAAAGCUCGAUACCUGUCAUAUACAAAUGGACUUCAAGCACUUAAGUGCAUUAAACUCAGAAUGACAAAUAGGAAACGUUUUUGA